AAAACAAUUCACUACAUGGAUGACUCAAGUACUCCAUAUAAAUGCCUUAUAUGUAUGACUGUAUUUAAUAACAAUGGAACAUUGAAAAAACACAUGGUAACCCAUACUUUGGACCAUCCUUUUGCUUGUACUGUAUGUUUAAAGACCUUCAAGAAAUAUAAAAGUUGUGAAAAUCAUAUUAAAAGACAUUACAACAAAGAUAGUGAUGAACUUAAGAUAUCUAAAUUUAAAGCGAAGAAUUGCUCGCUUCCAUACAUCAACAACUUUAAACCCGAUAAUCUGAACCUCUCCAACAACAUAGAAACGUCGAUCAACCCAAUAAAUGGGGAUAUAAUAUACACGAUCGAUGUCAGCGACAUAAAACUCGAAAAUGAGGUGCAAGUUUUAACUACCGAACAACCUAACGUGGUUGGCCAAGAUUGCGAUAAAAACAUCGAAAUGCUGAACAGUAUAGCGCUCAACCUGGACAAAAUAGAGGAUGCCAGUUACGAAAAUCAAUUCAACAGUUCUCUGUAUAAAGUUGUGGGGGGAGCUGGCGAUGACAAGGAUGCCAUGGGUGACUUUAAUGAAAGACGAUACUUAUGCGAACUCUGUUUAAAACGGUUUAAAAAGAUCAGCCAUCUCAAGGACCAUAUCAGAUCUCAUACGGGUGAAAAACCGUUUGAGUGUUCAUUUCCAACCUGCAGAUUAUCGUUUUCCACAAAUGGGAGUCUUAAAAGGCAUAUGAUAACACACACCGGGGAGAGGCCAUUUUCGUGCCCUCAUUGCUACAAGACUUUUAGAAGACCCGGCGUAUGCGAGAUUCACAUGAAGAAGGCUCACUUAUCCUGCGGAGACGAACAAGAAAAUUGGGACGAAAAUAAUGUGGGCGUUAGUGGGGGAGAUUCUGAUAGAUAUAGAAACAAAACAUUCAAAUGUCCUCAACCAUUUUGCAAUGUCAGGUUGAGCAGGAAAUCGACCCUGAAAAGGCACAUUUUAUUGCACGCCGGUAAACUCCCUUAUAAUUGUUCCCGCUGCAAAAAAUCCUUCAAAACGUGGAGCGUUAAAAAGCGUCACUACGAGAACAAUUGCAAGGAUCCGGAUUUUCCUUCUUCCCUCCAGCCUCUUCCAGUUACUUCUUACCAUGCCAGUCAGCGCAUUGGUUCUUCCGAGGAUAAUUUCAAUAACAAUCUGGAGUACUACGUCGACAAUUUGGAACAUGGCUCCCCUAACAAAGAAUCUUUGAUAAUCGAUCAUAGAAUCAAUAAUUUUGAAUACAGUAACAACCGAUCGAUCGGUAAAGUUCUGACCGAAAACCUGGACCUUAUUGCCGCCGGCAUUCCCGGAAGAGUGGAUAGCCCCUUGAUGAACGCCGCCUCUGUCAUGGCCAACCUAGCAUACUUCAAUAGCGAUAAUUCCAGUUCCCAAAAUCAAUUGCAGGAAGGUGCGAAUGAUAACGGCCAACUUUUUGCUCGCGAUUUUGACGCUAGUUUAUCCCGUGAUGCAUAUAACGUCACAAAUUAUGAAAAUAAUCUCGUAAAUUCUAUUACGACGCCGACAACUUUAACAAAUUUUACCCACAAAGAAGAAAGUUACCCAAAAAUGGAAGAGGGUGAAGAAACCGAAUCGGCAUCCUCGUCUUAUAUCGAUGGCGGUAAGAACUUAAACGUAUUUCAAAUGGACGUGAUGGUUUACGAUGCAUUGAUUAAAAAGCUGGGAUUAUCGAAUUUUACUUUGAAUGCGGACUCUUAUCUCACAUUUGAACCAAAAUAUGAGUCGAGUAAGCAUGAAUGCUCUGUCCUCCUGAGUAGAUUGCCACGAUUUUGCUCGUAUUUCAAUGUCCGAGCACUAAUGAAUCCGAAAUUUAAUCCAAAUAUAUCGAACGAUAUUAUAUUUACCGGGAAGAGCGGCGAUGCUAUCUAUAACAAUAAUACUAAUAAUAUAACUGAUUAUAUGGCCCAUGUUGACACUCCAAAAACAUCGUUUUCAAAUUCUCAUGAUAAUGAAUUCACCAGGGUCUCUUUAAAUUGCAACGAACGCGUGAAUGGAAACCAUUUUAGCGCUUGUAAUCCUUUAAGCACCACUCCAAUAUUUGUCAACGAUCCAUUUGUUAGCCAAAGAAGGGACUACCCAAUGAUCGCGAGCGAUAAUAAGCGAGGCCGGCCUCGCAAAAGCCUGGAGGAAAAACAAAGGACAAUCAGGAAUAGAAAGUCGGCAUUGAAAAAUAAAGAUCACCGUCAUAUUCGGGGAAAGAAUUUAAUGUUAGUUUCGACCGAAUAUGUAGCCAACAACCAGCUUAAUGUAGAUAUUUCACGUUCCACUGCUGCCCAAGCUCUCAUCGAUAUCGAAAAUCCAUCCCUCAAUCCAGAAUCAGACGAUGCAAGACAAAAAAGAGCAGGCGAUAAUGUUCAUUUUAGAAAGGGAAACACAGGAGACGAUACCACAAAACCUGUAAAACAGAAACCAGACGAUAGCGACUAUGAUGACGCAAACGAGGAAAAUGAUGAUCCAUAUAUUAAAGUGGGAAUAACUGAUCCAGUCAUAAGAAAAAUUCUCAAAGAGGAUUCCGACAAAUGGAACCGUCUAUACACCUUAAACUAUUCUAGCGACAUAGUCAAUCACGUUAACAUUAGUGAUAAUGGGGAGUAUUCAAUUAAAGCUUCUAACGAAGAUAUGAAUGCCAAAAACUCGCUCACUUUCAACCCCUAUGUCCCAACUAAUUCAUCAACCACUUCUACUCCUUUAGCAACUUACGAUUACAGUACAUUAAACGAUUUCAACUUCCAAGCCAGUAACGGUGUCGAUAAUCAAAAUCCCGACAUCUCUCACUCUUCCCAAUUCGAUUCGUUAUUGAAUAAUAAUGCUAUCACUAGUAGGAAUAGACGGAACGCCCCUCAUUACAUACUUUGCCAGGGGUGCGGAUUAAGGUUCGGUCGCAAACAAAGGGAAAUCUUUUUGCGUCAUCUUGCGGAAGUUCACGAAAUUUACGACGAGGAAGGCAUGUUUCAAUGACGACUCGAAAACAUUUUUAAACCUUUUUGUUAAUGUAAUUAAAUGAGAAUGAGUCUAGCUAACAUUUAUAUUAGUUUAAUAUUAUAUCUUAUGCGCCUUAUAAAUGUUUUAUAAAAUAUCUUCAACGAUACAUGUUUUCUUUGUUUUGAUACAUUAUAUGGCCGAUUUAACGCACAAAAUUUAUUAUAUAAUAUAUGAGAGAAUAGCAAUUUAUAAAUUUAUUUAUUUUAUCAAAUCAUAUGAAUUGAAAAACUCAACCAUUUUUUAUUAUAUUUAUUUCAUAUUAUUGUUAACUAAAUUAUUAUAAAU